AUGGCACCUAAAUAUGCGCUUUCGGACUCGGAGUCCGAGCCCGAAGCUGAUACACCCAAUGUGCCCUCCGACGCAACAUUGGAACAAGCGCUGCGCGACGAGGUUACCUGCCGUUGGGAAUCUGGCAGACAGGAGGAAAUCACCGUGAAGCGAGUGCGAUUGGCCGUUGAGGAGGAGCUGAAGCUCGAGGGAGGAUUUUUUAGGACAACAGGCGAUUGGAAAGCAAAGAGUGAAGAGAUUAUCAGAGACCAAGUGGUGAGACUUUUACAAUUAUCUUCUGGGUUAUAUCAUUUGGAUUGUGACGAUGAACUAAUUUGCGGGAUGGCGACACAGCACCAACAAGAAGAAGCAGGAGAAGACGAAGCACCCGAACCAGCGAAACCCGAAUCACCUCCUCGGCUUAAAAAGUCCGCACCCAAGCGGCCCAAAUCCGAUACUGCACCGCAGCCGCGCAAGCGCCAAAAGACAGAAACUCCCGCUUCGGAGGAAGACGAGGGAGACGAGGAACCUGUGCUAUCAGGGGAUAAUAGUGAGGAAGAUGUCCCUGAACCUAAGAAGCGCACCACGGCACCGGUAAAGAAAACCAAGGCCAAACCGGCCAAGGAAGCUUCCCCCGAAGCAUCAGAUCCACCUGACGAAGAACUCAAGUCUACGGAAACCAACGAGGAAGUUACCAAGGAUGAUUCAGGGAGUGAAAUGUCCGUUGUCUUUGACGAAGAGCCAAAGCCAGCACCCAAGCGCCAAAAGACGACCGGGGCACCAAAGGAGAAGAAAAAGGCAGCCCCCAAGGCGAAGGAUGACGAUGCGGACCCGGACCAAGCAGAGAUCAAGCGGCUUCAGGGUUGGCUAGUCAAGUGUGGGAUUCGUAAAAUGUGGUGGCGGAUGUUGGAGGAUGCCGGGAUGAAGGGCCGAUAUUCCUUGGAUAAGGCUCGGCAGAUCCGGGAUGAGCGCGAGCUUAAGGCAGAUCUGGAGCAGAUUCAACAAGGAGCGAAAGACUGGGGUAAAACCAGUGGGGAUGAAGGAGAGGGUGGCGAGGGUGAAGUUCCUCAACGCCGGGCAGCUCGAGGUCGACAGGCGCUGGCAUUUUUGGAAAGCGAUGGCGAGGAAACCGAUUGA